GGCGAUACCGCGCGAUUUCAACUGGUACGUCACACCUAGUGUUACACUAGCAAUUCGUCUGAAACUUGCGAAACUCUGGAAAGGUCUAUUCUUAAGUGCGGAGGUUUAAACGAUCGACAUAAGUUAGAUCAACACUCCAGUAACAUCGAUCUACAACACGGCUCAGCAACAGACGUGUUGCAAUGAGUGAGAGAAGUUAUUGGUCAACGGACCUUUGACGAGGGCCUGUUUAGACAGUUUUUCUUGCCUAAGCUCCCCCAACAGGUGCAGGCAGUGCUUGUAUCAGUUAAAAACAACACUGUAAACGAACUGGGUGUGUCUGCUGACCGAAUUCCGUAAAUCACUAGUAUUUCAGACGCCGAGGUCUAUUCAGCCAAAGAAAAAACUCAAACGAUACGAAAUAACGUUACGGAACUCUGUCAUACUUUGUAACGCUACCUCAGUAUUUUCCAUGACUAGACGAUCCCAAACUCCUUGAGAGAGUGCAUCAUGAAAACGAUCUCUCUCUAGAUCACAAGAAACAGAUCGUAGCGUAGGAUAACCAGGUUUCGAUGUCGUCAGGCCAGAAUGGCAUUAGCUGGAAUGAGGGUAGUGUAAGGGUCUUGAUCGUAAGUACCACUGGAGUCUGUUCAAUGAUGAGGAAUAAAAGGUAUAGGAAUGAACGAGAGAAAAAACAUCCACAAAUAUGAGAAAAAAUAUCAUAAUGUGUAAAUACUGAAUUGAAAAAUAUGAUAUAUAAAGUUCUCAUAAAGAGGAGACUCGCAGUUUGCGAAUAGGUGUACCAGAUCACGUCGGGUUCACCACCUAAGACGCCACAAGUAUUUGGAGUUUAACAACACCUUAACCAGUAACACAUAUAGUCGAAACGUGCCAACCGAGUGAGUUUAUAAGCUAAGAGGUUCGAAGAUAUAUUUGAUAGAAUAUCGAUGUAUCGAGAAGUGACUAGCGGUAACAGGAGAUGUGAGGCACAACGUACUGGUGAUCUGGUGCGGAUAUGUGACCGAGCGCCUUCAGCUAGGUGGGUUCAUUAACGCUAGUGCGAUCAGCACCGAAUAUCGAAGACUUACAGAGCUGUUGAUUUUGUGUACUUAUUGAUCACUAUAUCUCUGUUAUUACCAGAUUUUUAAAUGAUUCUUUUUCAAAAACACUAACACCAAUAUUUUGAAGAAUAAUUCACUGCUAAAUUAAACAUGAACUGAUGAUCUUCAAUCAACUUAGAAUAUUGGGUUCUGUGAUUCUGGGAGUACAAUUGUCUUUUUGGGUGUUAUCUUUAGUCUGUAUUGGCGAAGCUGUGAUUUUCCGAAGGCCUCUUGGACUUCCAAUAUGCUGGAGUAUAGUCUUUAGGAUGCACCUCGUAAGAUUAAUAAUUUGUCAACUAAAAUUCAUAUUCCAUAGUAAAUGGCCGUACACAUACGUGCUCUGUAAGUGACUUUUGUGAAUAACUUAUAUAUGCUUAUAUAUUUACAAGUUAUGGAGAGAAUUUGAAAUUAUGGAUAUUUCGAUUUCAAUUCUUGUGAGCGGUACCAAGACAGUGUUGUACCACGCCUAUAUAUAGUGGCCGUCUUUCACUUUACGAAGAUUACCGGUCUUUUGGUGUAGGUUAGCAGCCGCCCAAAUCUUGGGACUCGAGGUCUAAAUUCGAUAUCAUCAUUACAUGAUAAUCUUAGUCUUUUCAAAUCGUUGAUUAUAGCUUUAGUCGUAAUCCUGUUUUACAUUUUUUAGAUAUCUGAUAGUAGAUGGGCGUCCUGUUUAUCUGAUUGGGUCCAAGAUACUGCUUUAUAGUUUUUGAUAUUCUUCUCAACGUUUGAAGUUUUGCUUUUCCUAACUGAUGGAGGAUGACUUACAACGUAAAGUCAUCAAACAACGUUUAAAGCAGUUUUAUGGAAGUAAUACAAACAACUCACUGGUUGAUCAGAAUGAUCCUUUAAAUAUUGACAGUCCAUCCUUCGAUCCGCAAUUGUACUUGGAUAAAAGUCUUAAGACUAAAGACCUUUCUGAUCUAAUAUCAGAAGAAAAGGCCCUAACCGAUCAGAUUCGCAGUCUGGAUUCCGACAUGCAAACACUAGUAUAUGACAACUACAGCAAAUUCAUUAGUGCAACCGACACCAUUAGAAUGAUGAAAUCUAAUUUCAGUUACGUCCAGGCCGAAAUGAAUUCAUUACUUCAAAAUAUUGCCGCCAUUGUUUCAGUUUCUGGUACGAUUAAUGGAGAUUUAGCUGAUAAGAGAAAGAAACUGGGCACACUGACAACUACCCAGUUGACUCUAAACAAACUAAACUACUUAGUUGAACUCCCAGUCAGCUUAAGGAAAUAUAUGAACAAGUGUGAUUGGGAUCAAAUUGUACUUGACCUUAAUAAAGCAAAAUACAUUUUAAAGAGUUAUCACAAUACUCCAUCUUUUAAGAAUAUUCGUGAGGACUGCGCUGAGAUAGUAUCGGAAAUUUGUUCGAAACUAUGGCGUCAAUUUGAUGAGUCUAGCGAUAUGGCUGAGUGUUCUAAUCGUCUAAAAAUUCUGCAGCAGCUUGGUUUCUCGAGACGAAAAUUGUCAAGAGCGAUAUUACGUUUGGCUAAACGUCAAGUAUCUCAACGUUUAGCUUAUAUUAAGACUUUGGUGUGUGAAGGAGACAAGCGAAGUGUUCAGAAAGAAGAAACCGUUGGUUCUGCUGAAAACAUUGCGAAUCCAUCUGUCCAAGAGUCUUCUUCUGAAGAAAUGGACGUGUUAUACUUCGCCAAUCUCAUAACGGAUUCUGUCCUCAUUAAGCUUUCUGAAUUUAUUGGACUACUGGCGGAUUUUUACUUCACAAAGUCAGAUGAAAGUGAACCUAUGGAUACUAUUUUGGAUGUCAUUUCUGGUAAAACAGAAAAUAGUGCCUCAGAAAUCGAUGAUGGUUCUUUUGAGGAAAAUUUGUCGAAUUUGGUUGAAGAACUGAUGCAUGAAUUUUUUAUUUUGGUUCGAACUCGUUUUGAAUCGGAAAGCACAAAUAAUGAUGUCAAUUUAUUGAUAAGAGCUUUGGAUCGUAUUCACUGUCGAGUACAGACCUUUAAUCGGUCACUGUUAACAUCAGUUACUUCUGUAGAUUUUGAAGGUGUGCUAUUGGAUGAUUUAAGUCCUGAAUCGCUAUCUAUAGUGAAUCGAUUCUCUUUACUUACUAAUCAGUUUUCAAACUCGGCUCUGGAAAUAAUUAAUCAAGUUGCUCGAAUGCAAACUACUUAUUACUUUGAUAUAUUAUGCCAAAAUGCAGUUGAAUCAUUUACGGAUCUCCGACAUAAACUGGCUAGUCAUGGACUACAAACAUCCAAUUCAACUAAUGAAGAAGUCAACAAAGUGAACAAGAUUGGAAAUAACAAUCAUCAACUUUCAUCACUUUUAGAUGCUCUCAGUUCGUCACUUGUUUCACAGUUGCGCAAUGUACUAAAAGCGGAAGAGGCUUUCCUUAGUACUGAUAGUACAUUUUCUAGUAGACCACAAUUUCGUAAUUCAUUUUGCAUUGAUCAAAUUAGAGAAGGACUUAUCGUUGGUUACUUAAAUUUUCUUGUUCAAUUUCUUAGUGAUCUAGCUAAGACAGCUGUAUGCAAAAUUCCGGGUCCUAUUUUACUAACACUUGGAAAAUUAUGUUUAAUGUGGGCUGAUUCUGGUACAGUUGGACAUUUGAUUUCUCUGGCCGACGAUUUUAUGCUUUUCGGCUCACAAACAAAAGAAUCAAAAAAGGAAGAUUUUAAUACAGAGAAUGGUAACAGAUCACUCACUACUCCAAAAGAUGUAUCAAAUCGUUUCAGGUCUACUGGUAACGAGCUUCUAGUUGCUUUUGUUCGCUUAGAAGGUACAAAUUUGGCACAACUGCUUCGAAAGAGUGUUGAAGCAAGGGAUUGGCUGAAAAAUUUGGAACCACGUACAGUUCGUUCUGCAGUUAAAAGAGUGAUAGAAGAUUUAGCAUCACUAGAUCAACAAGUCAGCCAGCUGUUUUCAUCAAAUACUCGUAAUCGUGAUCGUAUUUCUGAUUCACGUUCCAGUCGUAGUCUACGACCUAGCACUUCAUCACAUCUUAUAGACGCUACACGAACUGGAAGUUCAAGUCAAGGAUUUCAUUCUCCUGACUUAGAUCCAACUCUAGCUACUCAUUUACGCCGUUUAUUUACGCAAAGAGUUGAUAUUUUUACUGCAGUUGACGCGAAUCGGGAAUCACUACUUUUGGGUGUCAUUAAAAUAGGUUUAAAGACUUUGAUAGAGUGUGCACGUUUACAAACAUUUGGUCGUUACGGUCUACAACAAAUACAAGUUGAUUGCCGAUAUUUACAAAUUCAUUUGUGGCAUUUCGUAAAUGAUGAAAAGCUUAUUUGUAUGUUACUAGAAGAUGUGAUCUACAGUGUUGUUCAGCGUUGCGUUGAUCCAUGUUUCAUGGAAGAGAGUGUUGUCGAAGCGAUUUGUGAUCGAGCAUAAAGUUACUUAAUUAUUGCUUAAUUCUUGAUAAUAACCGUUUUGUUCUCGAGUUGAAGAAGAAAACAAUCAGUGCGUAACUUCUUUUUUUUGGUGGUAUUUUUUCAUCAAUGAUUGUGGGAUAUUUUCAUCCGUUUAUUAUUAUUAUUAUUAUUCUCACCAUUACUGAAUAAUGAUCCGUUUUUCUUUUGGUGUAGGAAAAAGUUAAAUUUUAAAAUUCUAAUUGUAAAUUAUUUGUCAUAUCGAAAUGUUACAAAUUCCUGUCUUGUUUUUUUAUUUAUUAUUUUUGUACUGAGAAUUGUUUAGCUGUGCUUUCCGAUACUUCGAUGUGAUGCUUUUUGUUUUAUAAGUGUUCACUAUCUAACUUAAUGUUUGAUGUUAGUUUGAAUUUUCGUACAUAUUUACUAAUUUUGUUGUUGUUCAUACAAUAAACCUUUAUGGUCUCA